AGAAGCUAUAUCAUAUAAAAAUGCUAUAUAUCAACAUGAAAUAAUACAUGUACGUCAAUGAUAUACAGAAGAACAUAAAAAUUGGAUGAUUAUUAAUGCUAAAAAUAAUAAAUGUUUUAUUUGGGAUAAAAUAUUACAAGAAACAUCAAAUGUAACAAAAAAAAAUUCAAAAUUAUCUUGAAAAAAAAUCAUUAAAUAAAGCAGCUAGUAUUUCUGAUUUAUGUAUUUCACCACAAGAAUUAAUAAAUCGUUUGGGAGAAUAUGAACAUUAUUGUCCAGUAUCAUUAACAUUACGUAAUGAACUUGUUGAUUGUUCAGCUACAACAAGAACUGAUUAUGUUGCCGAAUAUCGAGGACGAUAUUAUCGUAUGGCUGGACCAAAAGAACUUCAACAAUUUUUGGAUGAUCCAGAACGUUUUGCUCCAAUUGAACCUCGUAAAAUAUUACCAGCACCAAAUCGUCGACCACAUCGACAAACUGAAGCAGAAACAAAAGCAAUAUAUGAAUGUCUUGUACUUGGACAACAAGAAUUUGCUGUUGAAUAUCGUGAUAAAUUAUAUUUUCUAUUAAAUGAAGGAGCACCAGAAAAAUUUAUGAGACAACUAGAAAAAUAUUGGAAUAUUCGAUUACCAAAUAAACUUCCUCCACCAA